CCGGGCUGUGCGGGGAUCGGGCCCCCCGGGGCCGGGCCCUGCCCCGACAGCUCGGAACAGAUGUACCUUGAGCCCCAAGGUGCCGGUGGCGUUCGAGGAUAUCGCAGUCUAUUUCUCCCCGGACGAGUGGGCGGCCUUAGCGGAAUGGCAGAAGAACCUGUACUGGGACGUGAUGAAGGAGAAUUAUGCGCUGGUGGCCUCGCUGGGUGAGGAUCCCUUUCUUUGCAGCUGCACACAUGAAAAUCCCUGACUUGAAGAGACCAGCCCCAACGUCACUGAGCCCAGCAGCGACGCCAUUCCCCUGGGAUCCCCGGUGAUGCUGUCACUGCCAGGCCAGGGCGAGGCGCACUGAGGGAGGCGUUUUCCCGUGGACGCUUAGGGGGUGUCCUCCCUGAGAGAGGCAAUCAUGGGGGCUAGUCAGUGGGGAAGCUGUUCUCUAGGCUGGUGCAGGACUGGCCCGGUCCUUGUCCUGGCAGAGCCCAGACUGGGGGCCAUAGGGACAGUGCUAACCCAGCCAGGCCUUGUGCUGGGGUAAUGGGGUUCCGCCGGGGCAUGGUCCAGAAUCGCAAGCCCCAGGAAUUCCGAAACCACCAGGCAGACCCCAGAAAUCAUGAGAUUGGCCUGAAAAUGGGGAGAUUUUUGUCAAAGCUCCGUGCAGGGGGGGUUUGUCCUGACCUAUGAUGUUUUCAGCUCCUCUCCUCUGCCAAGCGUGCAGGAGAAUGUCGGGUUUCACGCUAAGGUCAUGUGUUGACAGCGCUGGGCGGCUGGGCCUGGUGAUCUCCCAAACAGGCCUCGGGGCCCCAUGUUUGUUCCUGUGCCGUAGGGCUGAGGGCCUAGGAGCUGCUUUUGGCAGCAUGCUAAGUGAGCCAGGGUAGUUCUGGCUGAGCAGGGGCCAGUUCUCCUCCCUGAACAAGCAGGGCGAGGUCCCAGCUCUGCUGCUGCUGUCAGGCAGAGCUGGUGUGCAGUGCCCGGGCAGGCUCAGCCUGGGGCACAGGGCAAGGUGCCAGGGAGAUACGGGAACAAGCACACAAGAAGGGGUUCCCAGGGCAGGAGAGAGCAAGGCUGCGCCGUGAAUGGCCCCAGGGCUUGUGGAGCAAGAGAAAUGGUGCCCCGCUGUUGUCACAGAGAUCCUUGGAGCCUCGCACGGCCAGUCUGGGGCUGCCAGGCAGCCUGCUCCAUAGGAUGGAAGGGGACGUUGUCAUACCAUGUCCCCGUGUGGUCCACGUCCCAGCACUCGGUGGCCACAGGAGACCCAGCUUGUGAUUCUCUUCCCCCAAACAGGCUCUGCGGGCGCCACAGUGGAGAUCACCUGGAAGGCGGAUAAAGUCAGGGCUCCCCAGGGGAAGAGUGGGGGAGGAACCUCCCAGCCCUCCAGCCUGGGCUCCACCGCCGCCCAGUCGGAUGGUUGGGUUGCAGCGAGUCACCGAGCUGGGCCGUGCACCUGGGAUGGUCGGUUUGUCUGGGCUCCUUCGUUCUCCAGGGUUCUCCUGCACCAGGGACAGGUGUGCGAGACACAGAGCUACCUGCAGCCGGCGCAGGUGGCGUUCGAGGACGUGGUGGUCCGAUUCUCCCCAGUGGAGUGGGCAGCAUUAGCCGAAUGGCAGAGGGAGCUGUACUGGGCCGUGAUGAGGGAGAAUUUCGAGCUGGUGGCCUCGCUGGGCUCUGCAGCCCCCAAGCCAGAGAGCAGCUGUGAAAUGGAGCGAGAGGAAGAGCCCCAGCAGGGGCAGGAGAGAGCGAUUCCUGAGGCCCCCAGCAUGGCAGGUGAUGGAAUCUGGGCUGGAGCUGAGGAGAAGCUGUGGGGAGCCCAGAAAUCCCUGGGAGGAGCAGCAGCCAUCCCAGCACCCCAGGGGAAGGCGCCAAAUACCUGCAAAGACUGCGGGCAAAGCUUCUCGGAGCGGGGCCUCCUUAUUGUGCACGUGCUGAGGACCCAUCUCAGGGAGCAAAACCUGCCCUGUGGGGAGUGCGGGAAGAUGGUAUCCGGCCGGGCCAGGCUGGCGGCACACCAGAGGGCCCACUUGCGGGAGCGGACGUUCACCUGCGUGGCCUGCAUGUGCAACGUCGUCUACAGCAAGCACAUGGUGGACCAGGUGCGCAUGGAGCUGGGCGGAGGGAAGCCCUUCAAAUGCACCAAAUGCAGCGACAGGAUCAUCCUGAUGGUGGAGCCACCGGCAAAGCGCGAGAGGGGCUCCUUCCCCUGCCCCUACUGCCCCGAGGUCUUCCCCUACGCCUACCUCCUGCAGCGCCACCAGCCGCUGCAUGCCAGGGAGGCGUUCUUCCUCUGCUGCAAGUGCGGCACGAGUCUGCAGCGGCGGAACACGCUUGGCAAGCGGUGCCGCUCGGCCGUGAAGCCCACCUCCUGCGCCGAGUGCACCCGGAAGGAGCGUCGCAAGAGCCCCGCGCCGGAGCAGCUAUUCCCCUGCGCGCAGUGCGGGCGGCACUUCACCCGGCGCAGGUCCCUGGCCACCCACCGCCAGGUCCAUGCCCGCCCGCUGCUGCACCCCUGUGCCCAGUGCAGCCAGCGCUUCGGCAGCAUACGGGCACUGCUGGCGCACCAGCGGGCCCACGCGCCGGACAGGCCUUGCCGGAAGUGCGGCCAGGCCUUCGACUCCAGGGAGGCCUGGGACGCGCACCGGCUGGAGCACGAGCGGCAGAAGCCGUUCACGUGCACCGAGUGCGGGAAGGGCUUCACGCGCAAGGACAGGUACACGAUGCACCAGUGGUUGCAUGCGGGCCCUGCGCCCCUCACCUGCCCCCAAUGUGGCCAGCACUUCCGCCUGCCACGGCAGCUGGAACGGCACCAGCGUGUCCACCGGGUGCCAAGAGAGGCCAGGCUCAGGACGAACGCACAGGCCUGCCCAGCCGGAGAGCUGAGCCCCACAGCUGGCCCUGCCACCCCUUCCGCGUGCGAUCCUGGGCCAGGCGCCUCGCCGGCCUGGGCCAUGGUGUCCCCACCUGAGAAGUAGGGGAAACAAGGCCACUCCCUGGUGGAAAGGACACAAGGCCUGGGCGGUGUCUGUGGCACUGUGUGUAGACGUGCAUUAGAGAGUGGGGAGCUCUCGCUGUGGAAGGGGCUCUGGGCAGCCUGCGUGAGUGGGCUCAGAUGGUUUCCAUGGCCUGGACGACGGGAUGGGUCCCUCGACUGCCCUGUUCUGCCCAUUCCCUCUGGGGCACCCAGCGCUGGCCGCUGUCGGAAGCCAGGACCCUGAGCUGGCUGGACCGUUGGUCUGACCCCGUGUGGCUGUUUUGGUCUCAAAUGAGCCCCUGGUGCCCAGCCCUGCCGUGCGGCCCGGGGAUAUGGUGAGAGCCCAGACAGCAGGGAAAUGGUAAUACCAGGCCGUUCUCCCUCCACCCUGUUGUAAACUCCCAUCCGACUGACUGGGCUGUGACAAGCGCUCGCAGAAUGGGGCUCUGGGUCAGGCUCUGCAGCCUCUCACUGGGGAUCGCCAGCCACUAAGCUUCCGGGGCCAUGUGCGGGCAUCGAGCCCCUCCUGGCGUCACAGGCCAUGCCAGAGCGCGGCGAGCAGAACCUGCCUUGGGUGCUGGUGUGGGGAGAAGAGGCGGAAGCUGGGGCUCCUUAAGAAGCAGCAUUGGGGGCAGGGGGCUGAACUCCCCACAGGUGCUGGGGAGCUGCGGGAGCAGGCCUGGCUGCUGGGGCCCAGUGCUGCUGGUGAGGGCCCUGCUCCAGUUCCCUGACCCUGCGGCCAAGGGAUAUGCCAUGGCCCACAGGGGGAGGGAUCUGGAUUCUCACCCUGAACCCAGCCCUGUGCUGCCUUAGCCCGGCUUCUCCCCACCAGCCCCAACGUGUUGCCCGCUGGCCUUGGGGCCGCAACUCCACCCCCCUCGCCCCAUGCGGACGUAGAUGGGAAACCAGGGCUAAGGGGUGCCCGCAGCACCACUGGAUGAGAAACAGUGGGAGCCUCUUGGCUCUUGUGGGUUGGGCGCCUAUGGGGGUCUGUAGGGGUGUGUGACAUUAUUGAUAUAAUCUGGGACCAUACAGAACAUGGUUGCAAGCAAGGUGCUGUAGUGACACCAAAUCUUGUGUAAAGGGGGUCAUAUAAGGUGUCUAAGACCAGGUUAUGGGUUGCUGGUUAUGAUUAUGCUGUCUGUAUGUCUGUAUCAUUAUGUAGUUGAAGUUAUAAGUAUUGGCUCUAUCCUGUCUGUAUUUCAAACUUAUGCUGUGCUUCUGGGAUACAUCCCAGACAAGUGGGUGUUAGCUCUGCCUAGCCUGCUUGAAGGCACAUUAAGGACCAUCAGCUACUCAAUUGACCCAGGGAGAGAAGGCAGAUACGCCUUGUAACUCAGCAGGGUGUGCAGGGACUGGCCCAUGUGACUGCAGACUCCAUUUUGCUGUAAUUUUCCACAGUAAGAACAAAGGAGUGUUCUUACACCUGGAAGUGCCUAUAUAAGGCGGAUGCCUCAUCUCCAUCUGGUCUUCAAUCCUGCUUCUUACCUCUGGAGGGACUUUGCUACAAACUGAAGCUCUGAACAAAGGACUGAUGACCCAUCCCAGUGGGGGAUGUUCUCCAGAGACUUGAUUUGAACCUGCAGUUUACUCCAUCAUUGCUACAAACCUGGACUAAGAACUUUGCCAUCACUGUAUGGAAUUGAUUCCAUGUAACCAAUUCUAGCUCUCAUCUCUAUCUUUUUCCUUUUAUGAAUAAACCUUU